AUGCCCCUCACCCCAAACACCCUCUACAUAGCCCUCUACCUCCGCACCGACCCCCCCACCCCAAACAACUACCACUGGGCCCUCUACCUGCACAACCCCAACCCCACCAGCAAAAUCCAAGGCAGCACAAAAUACCACAUCGUCAACUCAAACCCCAGCUCAACCUGGGUAGCGUCCCACGGGCCCGAAUCCGGAAUCCUCAAGACCUUCCUCCUCGCAGGCCUGACUCGCAUCGGAGAGAUCCCUGAUAAUCCUGCAGUACUGGCGAAGACAGACGAGGUGAUUAGGUCUUUUGAUGGGCAGUUGAACGAGAUGGAUGUGACGUGUCGGACAUGGUUGGUGAGGGUGUUGGAAGUGUUGCAGCGUGAGGUGGGCGUUCCGCGGUAUAGGGAUGGGAAGGAUGCUGGGGAUUUGGAGAGGGAGGUGUUGGGGUUUGGGAAUGAGGUUGCGGGGGAGGCGGCGAGGAAUGUGCAGCCGAGACCGGUGGUUGAGUCGGUGUGGAGUCUGUGUAUGGGCUUCCUCUUGGAUGCAUGGUGA